AUGCCAAUCAACACCUCCUCCCAAGACGAGGGCGUAACGGGCGCCGCCAAAUUCGUCACCUCCACCCUGGGAAAUACAGUCGGCGGUGUGACUCGCACUGCUGGUGGGGUCACUGGCGCUGCGACGCGCGGUAUUGGCGAUACUAUUACCAGUGCUACUGGGAGUGCGGGUAAACCUGUUGGCGAUGCCAUUGGGAAUGCGGGGACGGGGGUUGAAGAUGGAGCGAAGAGGGUUGCCCGGGGUGUGGAGGAUGCUGGGCAGUGGAGAUGA